AUGGCACCUCAUCCACUGGACAUCCUCUCAGCUGACGAGACCAACAGUGCUCGUGAUCUCAUUCUUGGUCUUCAUCCCGACGCUGUGCUGAGCUUUCGAGAGAUCUACUUGGAAGAACCGCCCAAAGAGCAGCUCAUUAAAUACUUGACGGCGGAGCACUCUGGAAAGGCUGCUGCUCCCCUACCUCGACGUGCCCUAGUACAGUACGAUGUCAUUGGCGCCGACAGAAUACCCCAAUUCCAUGAGGGUGUUGUCGAUCUCGACGAACAAAAAAGGAUCUCACAUGUUGUGGUCGACAAGACUCAGCAUGCGAGCCUGACACUCUCCGAGUUUGACACGCUUGUCGAGGUCUGCACAGCCUCUCAGAUGUUCAAAGACGUCUGCGCCGAGUUUUCACUUCCGGAAGGCUUUGAAGUCGUUGUCGAACCUUGGCCGUAUGGUGGGUUGUCUCCCGACGAGGAGAACCGCCGCUACUUUCAAGGCCUAUGCUUUGCUCGAGACACGAGGUCUGGCAACCCGGACUCGAACUUUUACGCUUAUCCUUUACCUUUCAUCCCUGUCAUGGACGCACACAAAAAAGAAAUCAUUCGUAUUGAUCGACUUGGGACUGGUGGCAAGGGAGAUGCUCUGGACGCAAAGACACACACCAAGAACGUCAUCGACCAUUGCAAGACCUCAGAAUAUGUCCCGGAGCUCUUGAAAAAUGGCACACGGAAGAAUCUCAAGCCUCUCAACGUCCUGCAACCAGAAGGUCCAUCCUUCUCUGUUGAUGGAGGAUUGAUCGAAUGGCAAAAUUGGAGAUUCCGAGUGAGCUUCAACCCGAGAGAAGGUGCGGUCGUUCACGACGUCCAUUUUGCCGGCAGAAGCGUGAUCCACAGGCUGAGCAUUAGCGAGAUGACUGUCCCUUAUGCUGAUCCCCGCCCGCCUUUCCCCCGCAAGCAGGCGUUCGACUUUGGGGACGGUGGAGCAGGAAACUGCGCCAACAACCUCUCCCUGGGGUGUGACUGCCUUGGGGUUAUAAAAUACUUCGAUGGCAUCGUCACCGGACCAGAUGGUACGGCCAAAACUGCACCUAACGUCAUAUGUCUCCAUGAACAAGAUAACGGUAUCGGCUGGAAGCACACGAACUGGCGGACAGGACGUGCUGUUGUGACCCGGAAUCGGGAGCUUGUCGUCCAGUUCAUCAUUACCCUGGCAAACUACGAAUACAUCUUCGCAUACAAGUUUGACCAGGCAGGUGGGAUCACCGUUGAGACCCGGGCAACAGGCAUUGUGUCGGUCGUCAACAUCGAUCCAGGCAAGACCAGUCCAUAUGGGAAUGUCGUGUCACCUGGAGCAUUGGCACAGAACCAUCAGCAUGUUUUCUGUGUCCGCAUCGAUCCGGCCAUCGACGGAUACAAGAACACAGUGCUGGCAGAAGAGUCGCAUCGCGUGCCGAUGAACAAGGCGACGAACCCACAGGGCAACUUUUACGAAGUCCGGCAGACGGUCAUCGAUCGAAGUCAAAGCCUUGACGCCGCUCCGCAGUACAACCGGAUCAUCAAGAUGGUCAAUAAGAGCAAGACUAAUCCGGUAAGUGGGAAACCGGUCGGGUACAAAUUCACACCAGCGGCCACACAACUGCUGCUCGCGGACCCGGAUUCCGUCCAAUCUAAACGAGCACUGUUCGCACAACACCACGUCUGGGUGACCAAACACCUCGACGGCGAGUUUUACGCAGGUGGCAGAUAUACGCUGCAGAGUCAAAACGAAAUCGGAGGUGUCGCUGACGCUGUCAAGCGCGAUGAGCCGGUCGAGGACGAAGAUGUCGUCGUGUGGAACGUGUUUGGACUCACGCAUAACCCUCGAGUUGAGGACUGGCCUGUCAUGCCGGUCGAAAUCCACCAACUCCACAUCAAGCCCACUGAUUUCUUCACCGAGAACCCCGCGAUCGACGUCCCGUCAACGAAGAAUGAAGCCUCCGUGUUGACAAAUGGAAGUGGAGGUGGGGGAUCCCGAGAUGCUUGCUGUAAGUUGUAG